AUGAGAGAAAUAGCGUUCCGAAGGAAGGCCGAUCUUCCUCAGAUCACUUUACGUGCAACAAUCACGGGUCUUUUAAUUGGAUCAGUGGUUCUCAUAUCUAAUUUCCAAUUUGGUCUUCAAACAGGCUGGGUAUCGAUGAUGUCUCUCCCUAGUGCACUUUUAGGGUUCACCAUAUUUAAAGCAAUUAAGCCCUUUCAUAAACAUUUUACAGAUGUUGAGAAUGUAUAUGUCCAAAGUUUGGCUGUGGCUGUGGGUACAGGCCCAUUGGCUUAUGGUUUAGUUGGUAUUAUACCAGCAAUUGAAAAGUUCUUAACUCCAGAAGAAGCUGGAGGUCAAAUAUUCAAAUUAACCACGUCACAAUUAAUGAUAUGGUCAACUGGUUUGGCAUUUUUCGGAGUAUUCUUUGCAGUUUUGCUUCGGAAACAAGUUAUCAUUAAAGAAAAGUUACCCUUUCCUUCUGGAAAUGCAACUGCUACCCUUAUCAGCGUAUUGCAUGGUAGUGAGACCUUACAACAAACUAAGAAGUAUCUUCAUUAUCAGCCACAAGAAGAAGAAGAAGAACUGUUAAGUGAUGUUAGUUUAGAACAUCCUAAGAAUGAUAUUCAUGAGGCCCGAUAUCGUUCAAAUAUCUUCAAUCUAUCUAUAACCUUCAGUGUGUCUGCCUUGUACACCAUAGUAUCGCAUUUUUAUUCCGGGUUAAGAAGUAUACCAUUAUUUGGUUCAUAUUUAUCACUGGAAUACAUGUGGAAUUUCCAACCUCUGCCAGCAUACAUUGGACAAGGGAUCAUAAUGGGAUUACCUACAGUUUCUUAUAUGUUGUUUGGAGCUAUUUUAGGUUGGGGGAUAUUGGCACCAAUGGCUAGACAUGAAGGAUGGGCACCUGGUGACAUAGACAACUGGAUUAAUGGGGGCCAAGGGUGGAUAUUGUGGAUAAGUUUGAGUGCUAUGAUUAGUGAUUCUAUAGUAGCAUUUGUGGUUAUUACCAUAAAGUCUAUUUUUUCAGUACUAUUCUCUUUGGAUGAUGAAGAAGAAGAAGUUGAAAGUACUGAUGAUAAUGUUGAUUAUAAUGAUAAUGUUGAUGAAGAAACCACUUUGAUAGCAUCAGAUGAAAAUCGUAUUAUACUGUUUAAUUCAGGUGAAUCAACAUAUACUGAACUGAGACCACGGAAUUUAUUCCGUUCCAAAAGCAGAGAAUCGAAAUUCGAUGAUGAUUACAUAGACCAUAAGAAACACUCUAUCCCCCCCAUUACAGUGAUUCUUGGCUUGAUUCUAUCUUCAGUAUUGUGUGUUGUAUGUGUCAGAAGUGUGUUUGGACCCAUAAUCCCAUAUUAUGCCCUUGUAUGUGCUAUUAUACUAGCGUUAUUCUUUUCUGUGUUGGGUGUAAGGGCGCUCGGAGAAACAGACUUGAAUCCCGUUAGUGGCAUAGGGAAGUUAUCUCAAUUGAUAUUUGCUGUGAUUAUACCGGCAAACCACCCGUUUAAAAUCCUCAUUAACAUUGUGGCGGGGGGUAUAGCAGAAGCUGGAGCCCAACAAGCAGGUGAUUUAAUGCAAGAUUUGAAAACCGGUCAUUUAUUAGGGGCCUCACCAAAAGCUCAAUUCAUCGCACAAAUUAUUGGAACUUUAUACUCCAUAAUAUUGGCUCCUAUAAUGUAUAAGGUGUACAAUUCAGUGUAUGAAAUCCCAGGUUCACUUUUCAGAAUCCCAACAGCCGUGGUCUGGAUUGACUGCUCAAGAUUAGUCACUGGUGAUGGCUUACCACCUCAUGUAUGGGAGUAUUGCCUUAUAUUUGGGAUCAUUUUCGGAGCCAUUUCAUUAGUGAAAAAUACUAUUCCAAUUGAGAAUAAACUUUCAAAAUAUCUUGUAUUUUUACCCAAUGGAGUUGCUGUGGGUGUUGGAAUGUACAAUACGCCUAACUUCACAUUGGCCAGGUUUGUUGGAGGGAUUAUUCUGCAUUUCUGGAACGUUGAUGAUAAAAUCGCCUUGAUUAUCUUUAGUAGUGGGUUGGUAUUGGGUGAAGGUUUAUUAAGUGCAUUUACAAUGUUAUUAACUAGUUUUGGAUAUUGA